AUGCGCAGCGGCGCCGCAGCCCAGCGGCGGCGGCGAGCAGCAGCAGCAGCGCAGCAGCAGCAGCAGCAGCAGCAGCAGCAGCAGCGCAGAGACACUAAAAAGAAGUCUUUUUGCGAUUUUCGAGGAGCUGAAUCGAAGGCUUUUUGGACUGCGGCGUUUCGGGAGCGUGAGGAGUGCCAGCUUAAGACGCAGAGCGGCGGUCGACUGGGCGCGCUGCUGCUGCGGCCGGCCGUGCAUGCAGCUGGCUCGCGCACCCCCGCAGCAGCAGCAGCAGCAGCAGCAGCAAUGCACGGGCUCGGCGGCAGCAGCGCGUACUGGGCGCUGCGGGGCGCGCUGCAGCAGCUGCGGCGGCGGUGCAUGCGCUGCAGCAGGGCGCUGCAGCUGAACUGGGACUUCGGGAAAGCAGCCAUGGCCGGCACCCCCAAGUUCUCCUUCGACCCCGCAGUGAACCAGUGGACCACUCGGGUGGACACGGAGCUGUGGACCGGCGCGGGUGGUCUGGUCUGGUCCGCCGUGUCCAUGGGCUGCUGCUGGUGGGCCUUUUGGGCUUUUUGGGUUUACUUCACGCUGGCGAGGUGGCACGUAAACGGCAAAAUGGACACUUUCGCCAAGUGGCAGCAGCAGCAGGACUAG